GACGCAAAUCGCUAAGAGAGGUGACGCCGACUAUCGCAGCGCUGACCGCAGUGAGCACUGAGCAGUCAGUUGUUCAGAACAAAGGGAACAAAGUCUCCGUUUGAUCAGUUUUAAAAACGUUAUACUCUCAAGCCUUUCGAGUCUUGACUUGUGCAGUAGUGCUACGAUCAGUAGAGAUCAGUGAGCGGUCGGGCCAGUCUCUGCCACAUAUAUUAUUCCUACUGUUUAACUUUUUGUGCAAGUGUGAUAAAAGUCCCAAAAUAUUUGAGUAAUAUAUUUAAAUCUUUCUAAUAAGAUAUUUCUCAAAGUUCAACAUGUCAGUUAUCGGCACCUUAAAAAGAAGUGAAAAGGGCAACAUUUUUACGUGGGUAUUAUCGAGGGACGUAUCAUCGUUGUUGAAUAUCGAUAUAGUAAGAUCAAACGAGCUCUGUGUGAAUGUUGACCAAAAAUUCAAUUUGGAAUUCCACAAAGGUAAAAUUUGGAUUUCAGGUAGUAAUACCUAUAAUGUUUGGCGUUUAAUUCUUCGCAGUUCAGCUCAAAACCCACCACUAAUAUGCAAGUAUAAAAUAUCAAUAAUCGAACAUGACAAGAUUAUUGAUAAUCGGACAGAAUAUUGUACUUUUUCAACGAAUCGAAGUGAAACACUGAUUCUACGUAAGACCCAAACGGAGAUUCAGAGAAUGAUUAAUUCCAAGAAUGAUAUACAUGUAGUCUGCGAAUUAUCAGUUUCUCUAGAAGGGCAAAAGAAUUUACUAAAUUACGAUUCUGACAAAACAAAUGAGGUACUAAAACUAAACUUCAACUGGGUAUUUCUUGAUGAAGGUUUGAGUGAUGUUAAGCUAAGAACUGCUUGUGGAAAGGAAAUUCCAGCACAUAGACUCAUGCUCGCUACUGCCAGUCCAGUAUUCAAAGCUAUGUUUACUCAUGAUAUGAUGGAAAAUCAAAACAAAUUGGUGGAAAUGACAGACGUUAGUCAUGAAGCAACAGUUGAAAUGCUACGUUAUAUUUACACAGGUAGUGUUGGAAACAACGAGACUUCCUUGACAAUUAACCUUUUGGCAGCCGCUGAAAAGUAUCAACUUGAAGAUUUGAAAAAUAAGUGCGGACAAAUAUUGAGUUCUAAUUUAUCUAAUGAAAAUGCUCUAGAAAUGCUUAAAAUUUCUGAUACAUAUAAUGCGGACUAUCUGAAAAAAGAAACAGUUGAUUUUAUCAAAGGUCAUAUAAACGAACUAUCGGACUUUCAUGAAAUAAGCAAUAUGAUUCUUGGUAAAGCGCCAUUAGUUGUAGAACAAUGUGAAAAUUAACCGAUAUAACCUCUUUCAUGUUUUAGUUUUAUUCAUUUUUUGUUGUUCAUAACUUGGACGUAAAAACGACUAUUGUACUUUUAAGUAUAAUAAAAAUUUCAAAUAA